GCAGCACGCAUGUCACCCUGCGACAUCCACUUCUACAGAGGAGUAACACGAAAUGUUUUUGAUAGUCUGGCCAGCGCUGUAAGAACGCUAGUCAAAACAAGGUCAGCAAUGCCCCUGGAAGAUGAGCUGCUUCUGACGCUAAUGCGGCUUAGACUAGGAUUGCUGUAUGGCGACCUUGCUCGUAGGUUUGAUAUUUCUGUGUCGCGUGUGUGCCAGAUUUUCAACAUGCUACUACGAGCAUUAAAAACCGUGAUGGAGGAUGUCGUUAUUUGGCUACCACGGGAGGCAAUUCAUGACAGCAUGCCACAGAGCUUCAUAGAUACUGGAUACCAGAAGACGACAUGUAUCUUCGACUGCUCCGGGAUUACGCUCCAGCGACCUAAUCAGCUGAUGGCACGAGCCCAAACAUAUAGUUCAUACAAGGCUAAUAACACUGUAAACUUUUUAACGGUCAUUGCACCCAAUGGUCUAAUAAUGUAUGUGUCUCGGGCGUAUGGAGGUCGCGCAUGUGAUAAGCAUAUUGUGAGAGACUGGUGUGUGCAGGAGUUCUUCCAGCGUGGUGACGAGAUCAUGGCAGGCCGUGGCUUCACGCUCGACAGCUACCUUGAAGUUCAGGGCGUGAAGCUAAACAUGACGGCGUUUACUAAAGGUGACGUCUGCUUGGAAAUAUACAUCUAA